UGGAGGAGGUGUAACUUCAUUGGCUCUAUCAUUACUCAUUUUUCAUUGAAGGAGUGUAGUAUUGCUAAAAGUACCCGCCAGCAAGUGAAAAAAUACAAUGAGUGACAACGAGAUGAAACCUACCAUGAAACGGAAACCAUCCGGUAUUUUGAAAUCGGACAUACCAAAAAAUCGGAAGCCUUCAGGAUUGUCUAUAGACGUUAAAACGCAAAAAGCGUUAGAUCACGAGCAGAUUUCACCUCCAUCAUCAGUUUCACCACAACUAUCAGUCACAUGGGCUACUCAUGUGCAAGCAAGUAACAAUGAAGGCGAAGAGAUAGACAAAGAAAGUUUUGUAGAUGACAUAUUUUUCAGUGCUGAAAAAGCAUUAGAAAUGAAACCAACAGAGCGAAAUGCGUCAAGCAUUGAAAUCCAUGAUACAGAAGAUGAGGAUUAUUCUGCCAGUUUGAAUGCCAUCAUCAAAAGGAAAGCAAGCAUCAAAAAGAAAAGAGGAUCUAGACGACAUCGUAGAACUUCAAGUCCAAUUAGCCAAAUCAUGGGAUCCAGUAGCGGUGAUCGUAGACGGUCAAGCGUGUACACGACUAGUUCAGGAGAGAUCUCUCCGAGAAGCAAAUCAAGAUUUGAAGUUACAAUUGCGCAAAGAGCGAACAGAAGAGAGACGAAAAAUGUUCAAAAUAGCGACAACUCAACAUUGUCAACAAAAUGA